AUGAGUUGUCCGGACUGCUUCAAAGGAUCCAUUCUCGCUGACCAACCAGUCGGAAACUUUACCUCAAUUGAAGGCGCAUACCUUUCUCCUAGUCCACCAGACGCAGACGAAACUUCGAAAUCUAGAACAAUUAUUCUCUUGACGGACGUAUUUGGCCUUCCUCUCAACAAUCCUAAGGUCAUUGCAGAUAGCUUGGCGAAGAGGUUGAGAUGUGACGUCUGGGUUCCUGAUCAGUUUGCUGGUCAACCGCUUUUUCCAACUGAGAAGAUGAAGCAUCAAUUACCUGAACAACCUGGAGAACCUUUUUCGUAUUUUUGGUUUGCUAUAGCGUUGUUGCCGCAUAUGUUCAAGAUAAUCAAGAAUAGACCUGCGGUCGUUGAUGGGAGGGUGAAAAAGUUCAUGGAGAAACUGAAAGCCGAGAAACCUCAUUACAAGCAAAUUGGCGCUGUUGGAUACUGCCUUGGAGGUUCAACAUGUCUUCGCUUAGGAGGAACAAACUUCGUACAUAGUGUGGCUAUCUGUCAUCCAGCGCAGUUUUCGGACGAGGCGUUGAAAGCUGUGAAGGUGCCGUGUUCUUGGGUGUGUGCUGAAGAGGACUUUACGUUCAACAAAUCCAAGCGGAUGAAAGCUGAAGCCGAAUUUGCGAGUCGGAAACCCCCUUUUCAGUAUGAAUUCAAGGAGUAUAAAGGAACGACACAUGGUUUCGCUUGCAGACCGAACUUUGAAUACCCCGAGAUUAAAGAAGCCUUCGAAGGCGCGAUGAAUCAGAUUGUAGGAUGGUUCGAGAAAACACUGAUUGUUCAAUCAGGUUCUGAAGUGGCGGUGUCUGGCAGUGCUCAUCAAUGA